AUGGGCUUCUUCGGAGGCAAGCCCACAGUGACCGAGACCGUCGAAGUCUCAGUCGACUGGUCCGCCAAUGUAACAACAACAACAACGAUAACCAAGACAGACCGGCACGGCAAGUCCGAAUCGUCCUCCUCGUCACGAACCGAGAGGGAUCCAUGGGUCGGCACGGGUGCCCGAAUCGUCUCCGACGGCAGCGGGCUCGAGCGUUUCGCCCUCCCAAGUGUGCUGUACGAGAUCCUGCGUUCACGAAUGCUCGAGGGUGUCGUCCGCGCGGCUAUUGGACCCUACACCGAAGACGGGAUUACGGUCCAGGUCUCGCCCGACGUCAAGGUGCAAUUCAGCGGUCCGAGGGGACGCAUCAUUCUCCCCGGCGUGCUCAUCGGAGUUGUAGGGUGGAUGCGUGCCAUGACGUGGGGAUACGCGCAGGCCGUCCCCAUGGGCGGACGACAGAUGCCCCGCGCCGACGCGGCGUAUACGCGCGCCAUCCAGCAGAAGGGCGAGCAGAUGGACAUCGCCGACCUGGCUGCUGGAAGUCUGCUGCUCGUGACGCCCGGACCCGACCUGGACGAAUUCCCCUGGUCCGUCGCGGCCGCCGGAAUGCGGUGUCUCAACAUCCCCGGCGCAUGUCUCGUGAAGGACGUCCGUGGAGGUCCCGUCGAGGGCCAGGUCGUGUGCAUGCUCGACCCCGUGCAGGCUGGGCUGCGCAUCCCGGCUCCAACACUCGCCCACUUCGACAUGCACUUUGACGAGAUCUUCUCCCCCUUUGGAGAGAGCGACUUCCGCACCCUCGAGCCGUUCGCGCAGCGCAUGGGAUGCGUGUUCACCCACAUCCAACCCCGAGUACCCGGCGGCCACGCUUGGACGCUUACCGACAAUGAGGGCCUCAAAUUCACGUACGAGGCUAGCCCGGAUUGGAGCAGGUUCAGCCACACGCUCACGCGAGGCGCGCAACCUGUCGGUCCCCCGCCUGCAUAUGGCGACGAGAAGGGUGGUGGGGCCGGACCUUCGGGCCCGCCGCAGUACCACCAGGGCGACUACAAGGGUCCGUCAGGUGACUACAAGGGCUCGUCGAACUACUACGCCUCGGAGAAGAAGAUGUAG